AUGUCUCUUAAGCUUCCACUUAUCAACCCUUACAUGGUCAAAGAAGCUAAUUUUAGACAUGGAGUAAACUGCGCAGUAGGAGGAGCUACAGUUCUAAAUGAUCCUUUUAAUGUAACUAGAAAUAUUACCACGGCAAAAGACAACAGGCCACUUAGAUCUCAACUUCGUUGGUUGACAACCUACUUACAAACCACAUGCCACACUAGACAAAAGUGUUCAAAAGUUCUUGGAAAAUCUCUUUUUAUGUUUGGUGCAUUUGAAGGAAAUGAUUAUUACCUAGCACUUUCAGAGGGAAAAUCCAUUGAAUUAGAAGCUAAAACUUUUGUCCCACAUAUAGUCAAGGCCAUUGUAAAAGGCAUUAGACAAGUGAUCAGAUACGGGGCAAAACGUAUAGUUGUUCCAGGGAUUUAUCCUCUGGGUUGCUUCCCCUACUACCUUACCAUGUUCUCAAGCUUGGAUUAUGAAGAUUAUGAUGAGUUUGGUUGUUUGAAAGCCUACAAUGAGUUAGUCAUGUAUCACAAUGAUUUUUUGGAGAGGGCUCUAUCUAUACUAAAACUUGAAUAUUCGAACGUUGCGAUUAAAUAUAUAGAUUAUUAUGCUGCUGUGAAAUCAAUUCUGGAACGCCCCAGCUAUUUUGGAUUCAAUAAGAAAUCCAUACUCAAAGCGUGCUGUGGAAUUGGAGGUCAAUAUAAUUAUGACGAUGAUAUUCUUUGUGGAACAUCUGAAGUUCAAGCUUGUUCUGAUUCUGCAAAAUAUUUGCACUGGGAUGGUAUACAUCUUACAGAAAAAGCAUAUUAUUAUGUGGCAGAGCGCGUCAUCAAUGGCAUCUCAUCUAAAGAAUUUCAAUGUCUGCAGUAG